AUGUUUGUUAAUUGGAUUCUUCGAAGCGAAUUCCGAGAUAUGGUGCUCAUGACCAUCCUGCUCAACCUUCUAUUCGUAUUUGGAGGAUCGCUAGCGAGUGAGCCGGGACAUCAUUGGGGAUAUCGUGAGCACACCGGUCCGGAGAACUGGCCAAAGACGUGUCAGGACGGCUUUCGACAAAGUCCUAUCGAUAUUCGUGCCGCCGAUACUGAUUAUGCCUUGCUGCAUAGGAUGCAUUUCGUCCACUACGAUCACGCCGGUCCCCUCAAUAUCAGCAAUAACGGACAUACAAUCAUAGGAAAUGGUUUCGAUCAGUGGGGAUUGAAGCAACCAUAUAUACAAGGAGCUGGAUUGAGACAUCGCUACCGACUUGUUCAGUUUCAUUACCACUGGGCACAACAUGACCAUCUUGGCUCUGAGCAUAAGAUCGGUGGGCUUCACUACCCUGGAGAGAUCCAUCUUGUGCAUGUUCGCCACGAUCUAACGGUUGCGGAAGCAGUCAAGAGGCCAGACGGCAUAGCUGUUGUCGGCGUAUUUCUUCUGAUUGGUCAUGAUAGUGGUCCAAACGCAGCAGUUUCGUCCGUUCUAAAUGAUGUCGUAUAUCCUGGAAACCGCUCUGCUCUUCAAGGUUUUCGCGUCCGACCACUUCUCCCACCACACACCGAAGCCUUCUACAGAUACGAAGGCAGUUUGACAACGCCAGGCUGCGACGAAGCUGUGAUAUGGACAGUCCUGGCAGAUCCCAUUUCUAUAACUCGUACCCAGAUAAAAGAAUUUCGACAAGUGCAUUCGGACGAAGGAGGUCGCUUCACUCACAACUAUCGUCCGGUACAGCCUCUGAAUGGAAGGAGAAUUUUGUACAGACCAAGUUCUUUCGAUAAGACUUUCCUUUGUAGUGGACAUCAAGCCACAAGUAUUCUAGUCGUCUUUGCAGACAUGAUUACAAAGAUGCAAAUCCGUUGA